GAUGUUUUUGUUUUUGUUGAAAUAAAGAUGGCAUUUUGCCGAUUCAAAUGCUACUCCUCGCCAUUUCUAAACCACACUAAAAAAUUCUCCAAAUUGACACACCACAAUAACAUCCCUCUGUGUCACACUGCAAUAAUUUCAAGGACCGUGUCGUCAUCAAUGGAGUCUUCCCCAGAAGGGUAUCGAAGAAAUGUUGGUAUUUGCUUAAUCAGUCCUUCUAAAAAGAUAUUUGCUGCUUCAAGACUGGAUAUACCUAGUGCUUGGCAAAUGCCUCAGGGAGGUAUAGAUGAGAGUGAAGAUCCGAAGGCUGCAGCCGUCAGGGAGUUAAAAGAAGAGACGGGGAUUAGCUCCGCUGAAAUUCUUGCUGAGGGACCUAAUUGGUUGACGUAUGACUUCCCACCGGAAGUUAGGGAGAAACUUAAACAUCAAUGGGGAUCUGACUGGAAAGGUCAAGUACAAAAGUGGUUUCUGCUUAAGUUCACUGGGAAAGAUGAAGAGAUUAAUCUUUUAGGUGAUGGCUCAGAAAAACCUGAGUUUGGAGAAUGGUCGUGGAUGUCACCAGAACAAAUACUUGAUCAUGCUGUAGAUUUCAAGAAACCAGUUUACAAGCAAGUUUUGGCAUCUUUUGCUCCCUAUCUUGAAUAGAUUCAUACAGAAGUUCUCACCAUUUGUGUACUUCUGUUAAUUAAAAUGAAGCAUAAUGAUGCGGUUAUAGUUAUAGCUAUUGGAUAAAAUGUCCCGUAUCCUAAGUACCACGUAAUUUUAACAUCAAGAGGAAAGUUUAAGCAUUAUGUGGAGGAUUUUUGAGUUGUGGUAGACGAAAUUCCGUCCUGUCAGGUUGACCUAUUUAUAGGAUAUCUGAAUUGUAUUGCCUCCUAGCAUGAGAACUUUUCAAAUGUUAUGGUCCGGUGUUUCACUUUUAUUUUCGGAAACGCUUAUGAAACUUUGAAAUACAAUAUUUAUAACAUUUUCUUGUAAAACUCA